AUGACUACAAACGGCCAGAAAAGACAAAAAACUCGCAAACCACUUUUGAUCAACGCAUUUGUCAUGGGAUGUGCUGGGUUACAGAAUCCUGGUUUAUGGAAGCAUCCCAAGGACUCAUCCCAUAGAUUUAAUCAGAUUGAUCACUGGACUUAUUUGGCCAAGUUAGCCGAAAAGGGGAAGUUUAAUGCGCUCUUCAUUGCCGACGUCUUGGGUGGCUAUGAUGUCUACAAAGGACCUGAGAAUUUAGCCACUCCUGCUGUGGCUGGAGCCCAGUGGCCUGUCACCGAGCCCAGUGCUGUGGUCUCCGCCAUGGCUGCAGUCACAACUAACUUGGCGUUUGGAGUGACGUUCUCUACUAUCAGCGAAGCCCCCUAUCAUUUUGCCAGAAGACUGUCCACUUUAGACCACUUGACCAAGGGUAGAAUAGGAUGGAAUGUUGUUUCAUCUUACUUGGAGAGUGCUGCUCGUAACCUCUUGAAUGGUGAAAAAUUGGACGAGCAUGACCAAAGAUACUUGAAAGCUGAAGAGUACAUUCAAAUAGUUUAUGAGCUGUUGUUAUCGUCUUGGAGAGAUGAUGCAGUAGUUUUAGACAAGAAAGCUGGUGUUUAUACUGACCCAACAAGAUUUCGAAAGAUCAACUUUGAAGGUAAAUUUUUCAAAGUUCCGGGACCACAUAUUGUUGACCCCACCCCUCAAAGACUGCCUGUGAUUCUUCAAGCUGGUACUUCUAAAGUUGGUAAGGAGUUUGCUGCUAAGCAUGCCGAGAUUGUGUUUGUCAUUUCAUUUUCUCCAGAUGAUUUGAAACCCAAGAUUGCAGAAGUUCGUCAACUGGCCAAAGAAAAGUUUGGUAGAAACCACGACGAUAUUAAGUUUGUUGCCCUUGCAACCCCUGUUAUUGGAGCCACACAUGAACUAGCUGAAGAAAAGUACCAAGAGUUACUAAGUUAUGGUGAUAUUGAAGGUGCUCAAGCCUUAUUUGGAGGGUGGACUGGCAUUGACCUCUCUCAAUAUGGCGAAGAUGAAGAACUAGGAAAUGUUAGUUCCAAUGCUAUGCGUGGCGCUGUACAAAACUGGACUAAAGCAAUUCCAAAUGAGAAGCGUUGGACACGUAAGGUUAUUGCUAAACAGAUUACCGUUGGUGGUCUAGGUCCAGCUUUCGUUGGAACCCCAGAAGAAAUCGCCGAUGAGCUGGAACACUGGUCCGACCACGCUGGUUUGGACGGAUUCAACUUCACUUAUGCUGUCAACCCGCUUUCUUUCGAAGAGAUAGUGGAAGACUUGAUUCCAGUUCUUCAGCGAAGAGGGUUGGCCCAAAAGGAAUACCCAAAUCCAGAAACUGGAAGCACAUUCCGUAAAAACCUUUUUGGAACAGACUUUGUACCAUCUACCCACCCAGCUUAUAACUUAAGAUGGAGGGCUGGUGUGUCCAAGGAAGAAUUCGAAAAGUCCCUAAGUAAGUAG